AUGGAUAAUGUAUUAUCAAAAUUAAAAGAAUUUGAACCUGAUAGUAUUUUAACUAGUACACGUGAAUUUACAAAAGAUAAAUCAGAAAAAAAAGUAAAUUUGUCUAUUGGUAUAUGUUGUAAUGAAGAUGGAGGUUUACAUGUAUUUAAAAGUGUAUUAGAAGCUGAAAAGUUAAUUUUAGAAAAGAAUAAAGAAAAACCAUAUCUGUUAAGUAAUGGGAGUAAAGAAUUUUCUAUUUUAACUCAAAAAUUAAUAUUUGGAGAAAAUUCAGAAUACAUGAAGGAAAAAAGAAUAUGUACAAUUCAGACUAUAGGAGGAACAGGUGCUAUAUUUAUUAUUUUAGAAUUUUUAAGAGGUUUUAACAUUGAAAGUAUAUAUGUAACAAAUAUUCCUUAUGUAAAUCAUGUUUAUAUGUUAAAAUCAUUUGGUUUUAAUGUAAAAUAUUUGAAUUAUUUUGAUCCAGAAUUAAUAGAUAUAAAUUAUGAAUUAUUUUUAAAUGAUUUAAGAAACAUUAAAAAUAAUUCAAACAUACUUCUUCAAGUUUGUUGCUAUAAUCCAUGCAGUGUAGAUAUUGAGGAGAAAUAUUUUGAUGAAAUAGCUGAUAUUGUUUUAAAAAAAAAUCAUUUAGUUAUAUUUGAUGUUGCUUAUCAAGGACUUGGAAAUUCGGAUUUAGGUAAAGAUGUAUUAUUAAUUAGAAAAUUUCAAGAAAGAAAAAUUUCUUUUACUGUGUGUCAAUCUUUUUCAAAAAAUAUGUCGUUAUAUGGUGAAAGAGCUGGCGCACUACAUAUUGUUUGUAAAAAUAAAACAGAAAGACAAUUACUUUUUAAUAAUUUACGUAUGAUUAUUAGAAGAUUUUACACUUCUCCUAUUAUUCAUACGAAUAGAAUUGUAUGUGAAGUUUUAAAAAAUGAAAAAUUAAAAUCUCAAUGGUUAAAGGAUUUAUAUGAGUUAUCCGAACGUAUUAAAAAUAAUAGAUUUUUAUUUUUUGAUAAACUAAAAUAUUAUCAGAAAAAAUAUAAUUUAAAUUAUGAUUGGGAUGUUUAUAAAAAACAAAAAGGUAUAUUUUCUUUUAUUCCAAUAUUUGGUAAUAUUUAUAUGAAGUUAAGGGAAUAUCAUAUCUAUAUUAUUGAUAGUGGAAGGAUAAAUAUUUCUGGGAUUACUAAAAAGAAUGUCGAUUAUAUAGCAGAAAAAAUAUGUCUUUGUUUAAGCGAAUUGUAG